GAACCAACUGUUAUAAUGUAUAGUUAUCUUUACAAAUUUAGCAUAAGCCUUCCUGCAAUUGGCAAAGAGCUCUUUUUGCCUUGGGCUGGAUGGGUUUGUGUAUGGAGUGCACUUUUCUUGAUUCUACUUGCAAUUUUUAAUGCUUGUUCAGUUAUCACAAGGUUUACAAGAGUUGCAGGCGAAUUAUUUGGCAUGCUAAUUACAGUUCUCUUUUUUCAGGAGGCUGUAAAGGGAGUAGUGGAGGAAUUCCGCGAGCCAAAAUCUGAACAUGGAGAAAAAGCUGAAUUCUAUUGGCAAUACAUUAACGGAUUGUUUGCAGUCAUUUUCGCUUUUGGAGUGCUUCUCACUUCCAUGCAGACCAGGAAAGCAAGAUCAUGGCUAUAUGGAACAGGGUGGAUGAGAAGCCUUCUUGCUGAUUAUGGGAUUCCAUUGAUGGUAGUGUUAUGGACAGCAGUAUCUUAUGCUAAGCCAAGAGGUGUUCCUAAAGAUGUUCCUAGAAGGUUGGAUUCUCCACUUCCAUGGGAACCUCAAUCUCUCUAUCAUUGGACUAUAGUAAAGGACAUGGGGAAGGUGCCGAUUCCUUAUAUAUUCGCGGGGAUUAUUCCGGCAGUGAUGAUCGCGGGAUUAUACUUUUUCGAUCAUAACGUAGCUUCCCAAAUGGCUCAACAACAUGAGUACAAUCUUCAAAAGCCAUCUUCCUACCACUAUGAUAUGCUUUUGCUUGGAAUAAUGACUCUGAUCUGCGGUCUCCUGGGCGUUCCUCCCUCAAACGGAGUCCUUCCCCAGUCUCCAAUGCAUACAAAAAGUUUGGCAGUUCUUAAGAGACAGAUGCUCCGAAAGAAAAUGGUGAAAAGUGCCCGGGAAUGCAUUAGGAUGAACAAGACCAAUUCUGAAAUAUACGGAGAGAUGCAUGAUGUUCUCAGACGAAUGGAUGCUGAGCCUACUGCUAGAGAGUUGCAGAAUUUGAGAGAAGCUGUAAUGAACCCUGACAACAAGGAUGGAACUUCUAAAGGUUUUGAUCCUGAGAAACACAUAGAUGAGCACCUACCAGUGAGGGUUAAAGAGCAAAGAGUGUCCAACUUAUUGCAGUCCGUUCUGAUCGGCCUAUCCGUUUUAGCAAUCUCUGUUAUCAAAAGGAUACCUACCUCCGUUUUAUGGGGAUAUUUCGCUUACAUGGCAAUCGAUAGUUUACCCGGCAAUCAAUUCUGGGAAAGGAUACUACUUCUCUUUGUCACUAAGAGCCGCCGUACCAGAAUUUUGGAAGGUUCUCAUGCCUCAUAUGUGGAGACAGUACCAUAUAAAACGAUAGUUACUUUUACAGCCUUGCAAAUAUUAUACUUUGGAAUCUGUUUUGGGUUGACAUGGGUGCCAGUAGGUGGAAUCUUGUUUCCACUACCAUUCUUCCUUCUCAUUGUUAUUAGGGAACGCUUGCUUCCCAAAAUGUUCAACCCGGAUCAUCUCAAAGAACUUGAUUCCUCUGAAUAUGAGGAGGUUGAGGGUGCUCCGCAACUGGAACCUGACACCGAGGACAGCGGAGAAGAAGAUGAGUUCUGUGAUGCAGAGCUAUUGGAUGAGAUGACAACACACAGGGGAGAGUUGAAACAUAGAAACGUGAGCUUCGAUAGAGGCCAACGCACCUCCGUUGAUCAUGUUUGA